UUCCGCCGCAGCCGGAAGCGUUGCGUCUGCGGUCGCCUGGGCGACGGAGCUUCUCGUAGGACCUAGGAGAUCGGCGUGCUGGGGAGGCACGCUGCAGGUACAAGUCAUGGACAUAGAUGCUGAAAGAGAGAAAAUAUCGAAGGAGAUUAAGGAGCUGGAAAGGAUUUUGGACCCCAGCUCCUCCAGCAUCCCCGUGGACAUCUCAGAAUCAAGUCUUGAUUCAGAUUCUGAUGCCGAAUCGCUGCCUCCGGAGGAUUUGGAAGUCGCUGGCCCCCGAGUCUUGGCAGAAGAGAGGUGGGGUGAAGCCAGCGAUGACGAGGAGGACCCCAAGGAUAAAGCCCUCCCUGAGGACCCCGAGACCUGUCUGCAACUGAACAUGGUCUACCAGGAGGUCAUCCAGGAGAAGCUGGCCGAGGUCAGCCUGCUGCUGGCCCAGAACCGGGAGCAGCAGGAGGAGAUCCUGUGGGGCCUCUCCGGAUCCCAAGGCCCCAGGGUGAAGGACGGCCAAGGCCUGGCCCCACACAUGUACAUGGGACACUUCAUGAAGCCAUAUUUUAAGGACAAGGUCACCGGAGUGGGGCCUCCUGCCAACGAAGAUACCCGGGAGAAAGCUGCCCAGGGAAUCAAGGCUUUUGAGCAGCUCCUGGUGACCAAGUGGAAGCACUGGGAGAAGGCCUUGCUCAGGAAGUCAGUGGUGAGCGACCGCCUGCAGCGCCUGCUCCAGCCCAAGCUGCUGAAGCUCGAGUACCUGCGCCAGAAGCAGAGCCAGGUCUCCAGUGAGCCAGAGAGGCAGGCCCUGGAGGAGCAGGCCAGGUGUGCGGAGCAGGAGAUCCAGGAUAUUAACCAGCUCCCAGAGGAGGCCCUGCUGGGGAACAGGCUGGACCCCCACGACUGGGAGAAGAUUUCCAAAAUCAAUUUUGAAGGUGGCCGCAGCGCAGAGGAGAUCCAGAAGUUCUGGCAGAGCUCUGAGCACCCGAGCAUCAACAAGCAGGAGUGGAGCGUGGAGGAGGUGGGGCAGCUGAUGGCCAUCGCUGCCACACAUGGCCACCUGCAAUGGCAGCUGGUCGCCGAGGAGCUGGGGACCGGCCGCAGCGCCUUCCAGUGCCUGCAGCAGUUCCAGCAGCACAACAGAGCCCUGAAGCGCAGGCAGUGGACAGAGGAGGAGGACCGCAUGCUCACGCAGCUGGUACAGCAGAUGCGCCUGGGGAGUCACGUCCCCUACCGCAAGAUUGUUUACUACAUGGAAGGGAGAGACUCCAUGCAGCUGAUCUACCGGUGGACCAAGAGCUUGGAUCCUAACCUGAGAAAAGGGUUCUGGGCCCCAGACGAAGAUGCUAAACUGCUACGAGCAGUUGCUAAGUAUGGGGAGCAGGACUGGUUUAAGAUCCGGGAGGAGGUGCCAGGCCGGAGCGAUGCCCAGUGCCGAGACCGGUAUCUCAGGAGGUUACAUGUCAGCUUGAAGAAGGGGCGAUGGAACGCGGAAGAGGAGGCGCAGCUGAUGGAGCUGAUAGAAAAGCACGGUGUUGGUCACUGGGCAAAAAUUGCCUCUGAACUCCCCAACCGGUCCGGCUCCCAGUGUCUGAGCAAGUGGAAGAGCAUGGUUGGGAAGAAGCAGAGGGUGCAGAGGCGGCGGCGGCGGCGGCUGCGCCCCAGCAUCCAGUGGAGUUCCAGCAGCAGUGGUGGCAGCAGUGAGGACAGCGACGGCAUCUGCAGUGGCAGCAACAGCAGCAGUGGGGACUCUGAGGAUUCUGAGGCGGAGCCGGAGGAGCCCCAGGAGGCAGGCAGCGUGCCGCCAUCCCCGCAGUACGUGGUGCCCAACAUGGACCUGUGGCUUCCUGCCCGGCAGAGCACCAGCCAGGACCCUGAAGCCGCCCCAACAGCCCUGGCUCCUGGGGAGACCACGAGACAGGCGCAGGCAUCCUCUGGGGUCCACAGCACCCACUCAGCGGACUCCCCCCGCACGAGCCUGGGGCAGGCAGCCCCUGAGGGUGGGCAGCGUCUGCUGACAGUGCCCCUGGAGAUGGUGCAGAGGGUGCUCAGGACCAACACGGCCGCCCAGAGCUGCACACUGAAGGAGAGGCUGAGGCAGCUGCCACUGCCUGGCUCACCCCCUGGGCCUGGCCCAGGUGACAGCGAGGAUGGGCCCCACCUGCGGCAGCUGUGGCAUGGAACCUUCCAGAACAGACAGCAGCGCCGGAGACGUGCUUUGCACCGGCGGCUCCUGGAGCGCAGGCUACUGCUGGCUGUGACGCCCUGGGUGGGCGACGUCACCCUGCCCUGCGUCCAGGCUCCCCAGAGACCUGAGGUGGCACGGAUUCGAGCCGAUGGCAUCAAGACACAGUUGGAGCGAGUCCACCUGGCCAGCACCCCCGUGUUCACACUCUGCAUGCAGCUGAUGCAGAUCGAUACUGCUGGCUGCAUGGAGGUUGUUCGAGAGAGAAAGACACAGCUGCCCACGCCGCCCCUACCUGGUGCCCAGGGCCCCCCACCACAUCCUCUGCAGGUGCCCUCUGGAGCCCUGGCCCCCCCAGGUUGCCGCCCUCACCACGUGCCACCUCGGGAUGCUGCACAGAGCACAGACUCAAGGAGCACAGAGCUGAAGCCCUGCCAGGCCAAGUCCCCCUCUGCCCGAGCGCCCAUGCUGGCCCCACAGGGCCCCCGGCCCAGGCCGAAGACUGUGUCACAGCUGCUCCGCGAAAAACGGCUCCGCGAGGCCCCUGCCAGGAAGGCCACCCUGGGCCCCGUGGCUCUUGCCCCACAGCUGCUCAUCUCCUCGUCUGUGGUCCUCCAGCAGCCCCUCCCGCCAGCCCGCCAGAGUCCCCCGGCCCUGAGUCCCACCAUCUCAAGCACAGGACUCUCUGGGUCCGUGGCCCCCACAGCAGCCAGCACCGGUGCUUCUGGCUCCCAGCAGGAGCUGGGGACUUCAGCCAAAGAUGAGGACCAGCGCCUGCCUGCCUUACGAGCCCUGUCACUCGCUCCCACCCUGGGCUCUGGCCAGGUCCCUGCGGGCCGCCCUUUGAGCAGUCUGGGACAGUCUCAGGCCCCCACCACGACCCGGAAGCCAGGCCUGCCCGAGGUCCCACGCUUCCUGCCUGCAGCCCCCAGCCCUGCUCAGCUGCCCAUGCAGCCCCUCGGACUGACACCCGCCCUGACCACCAGCAUCCCCUUGCCUGUCACCUGGGUGCUCACGGCCCAGGGGCUGCUCCCUGUGCAGGUGCCUGCCGUGCUGGGCCUCCCCAAGCAGGGGGAAAUGCCCGCCCCCCGCCAGGUGCCAGCACCACCGCCACCUCCCACUGAGACACCUGCUCCCACUCAUCAGCUCCUGGCCAGUGUGGGCACCGAAGCAGCCCCUUCAUCCAGGACAGACCCCUCGGGCCCCCCAGCGUGCCCCCUGCCCCAGACUUGCACAGAAGCAUGUGCUGACCUAGGAGUCCUUGGAGAGGCCCAGGUGGCCCGGCCGGCAUCAGUGCCCAGGAUGACCUCCCAGGCCGACAGCCCUGAAACGGGGGCCCUGCGGCCUGGUCAACUGCCUGCUGGUGAUGGCUCCAGCCCCAGGAGGGAGCCAGGAGGGGUGGCGGUGGCAGGCAGCGGGCCUCUGGGCCUAGAGAGGCCACCCCUGCCUGGGCCUGAGAAGCGGGCCCUGGACCUGGGCCUGCUUUGCCUGGACAAUGAGGCGGCCACGUGGGAGGCCGGGCCUGCAGCGUGGCAGGCCUCACUGGAGCUGGUGCGGAGGCAGCUGCAGGACAACCCAGCCUACCUCUUGCUGAAGGCACGGUUCCUAGCGGUCUUCACCCUCCCUGCGCUCCUGGCCACUCUGCCCCCUGACGGCGUCCCCACCACCCUCUCGGCAGCCACAAGGUCAGGCCCUGAUGACGAGGACCUGAGUGGGCUGGAGCCUGAGGACGGGGACAGGGACGAGCGGCCACACUGCACACCCCAUGGGACACAGGCCGGGUCGGCACCCAGGAGCCCCGUGCAGGGAACCCCAAGCUCUGGCGAGGGCCUCGUCUCCUGCCUGGAUGCCUCUGACGACCUGGAUGUACUCAGGACCCGGCAUGGCCGGCACGCCCGGAAGCGGAGGAGGCAGCAGUGAGCACAGGACAAGGACUCCUGGGGCCCAGAAGCCCAUGCCUGGCACCAGCAGAGGCAAGGCCACCCCACCCUGAAGAGGACGCAAUCAGAGGCCACGCACUGCUGGCCACAGACUGAUCUCUCCACAUGGUAUCCAAGCCGUCUCAGCUGGGCCCUAGCAGGAGUCUGGUGUUUGAAGGAACAAACUAAAUGCCAUUUUUUAAUUAAAAGCAGGACAGACUUUUGUGGUUUUGUUUUGAGCACUGGGCAGCGUGCCCAUCUCAGGCUGCCAGCCUGGGCCUCUGUGGUCACCACAGUCAGCUCUGGGGGUGUUCCUGGCACUACCACGGGAUUCUCACAGCCUCCCACACCCUGGCCACCUCCCAGCACCUCGUGGAGCAUGGGGAGGUGGGGAGGACAGGAGUGGCCAUGGCGCUGCCCACACCUUGCCCAGCUGGCUCCCCAGAGCCAUAGUCGGUGGCUUCCUGCAGCUGGCAGCAGCUCCCUUCCCCUCUGAAUUCCUUCUGUGCUGGCACCACGUGGUGGGGGCCAGGCCGCGGCCCCUCCACCUGCCCUUCCCUGUGAUGCGGGCACCUGUGUAGUCCCAGCCCGAGGCUCCUGCAGACUUCCACUCGGCUUCAGCAGUUGUCAGCUGCUGGGUGCCCUUCCAGGGCCUGUGCCCUCUGCCAAGCACCUGCUGUCCUUGGGACUUCCUUUGCCUGUGGGGUUUUAGAGGUUUCUUCA